AUGGCGCACUGCAAUGACCUUCACCCACAGCCUUUCUCCAUCCGAAUCGAGUCAUCCAACGGUUUUUCAUACCCGCUACCCGGCCCCCCGCCAUCUCCCACACCCCGGACAGAUCUCGCGGAUACUCCCUUUCCCUUUCUUUCCCUCCCCCGCGAAUUGCGUGAUUUGGUCUAUAGUCACACCUUCCACGAUCGCGGGAUCCACUAUCGCGACCGCAUAAAAGCUGCCACGCGAUGGAGCCCGCGGCGAACACUCGCCUCCCACCUCAACCUACUGCUCACAAACCGCCAAAUCCACACAGAAGCCCUAUCCGCACUUUUUCGCACACGGCCAGUCGAGAUUUCUCCACGCACACUGCACCGGACGCGGUCUCAAUCAAAUCAGCUCUCACUCUCGCACGCACUACGCUCAUUCCCGCUCGCGCCCGCGCGCCUGGUGACGCGGGUUCAGAUUGUAUACCAUGAGUAUUCUCUUUAUGUCCCCUCGAAAUUUGUCUAUCCUGCCCCAGCGGCCAGCGAUGCAGAACUCAUGUUCUUCAUGUGGGAGCGCAUAGUCCGCGAUGCGUGGACGCUGAAGGAACAUUUCCCCCAGUUGAAGAGAUUCGACGCGUGGUCUCGCAUGCUGAGGCAGAAAAUGGCGUAUACAUUUUGCGCCGAUCAGCGCGAUUGUCAUACCCUUGAUGAGGUGGAGUGGCGCCAGAGAGUGGAUCGAGUAGCAACAAGGCUGGCGAGCUGGCUUGAACGAGAGCUAGGCGGUACGGAACUUGUUCCACCGCAGUGGUUAAAAAUCAUUCUUAGCGAGAUACCGCAGCCUAUCACCUCACGUAUAACGUUUUGGAGAGCACAGCCCGAGGUGCCUGACGACUCAAACGAGUUCUUCUUGCGGUUUCAGCACGAGGUGCUUGAGCAGACGCAUCUUUUGCUUGCGAAGAAGAGAGGAUUUACGCCUGAGGAGAGAGAGACGAGUGGGAGGAUAUGGUUGGAGGAGUGUAGUAUGAAGAGAAAGCGGGGACGGAAGGGGUGGCAUGAGGAGGUUAAUGCAGUAUAA